AAAAAAAUGGACAAAGCAGACACAUGAGCGUGGGUACCUUGUUUCAGAAUGGCGGAAAACUCACGUUUGAGCAAGUUGACCGAAAAGGAGGACGAAUAUGUCUUUUCGUGGAAACUCUUCACAGGCUGGGACUUUAUGAUCGGUAAUCCGGAAACUGCUCACAAUCGUACAGGCAGCAUUAUACUGGGCUUCAAAGAAGCCUUACUGGAAGAAGCGGAGAGACAGAAAGAUGAGAGAAACUGGAGAAUCAUCUCAAUAAGAAUAUUCGUAAAUGUGGCGGUACUCUCGUUACUCGCAUUGUCGGCGUACGCCGUGAUCGAGGUAGUUGGACGAAGCACUACCGACAUUGAGUCGCAGAAUUGGUGGCGGCAGAACGAGAUCACGAUUGUGAUGUCUCUGAUCACAUAUCUAUUUCCGAUAUUUUUCGAAAUCCUCGGCUUUCUCGAGAGCUAUCACCCCAGGAAACAGCUCCGGAUGCAACUGGCGCGAAUAAUGGUCUUGAACCUGCUGAAUCUCUAUUCGCUAAUAUUCGCAUUGUUCCGUAAAAUAAACACUAUGAAAGACGAUCUCCGGCUUCUAAAACCGACAAAUACGACUUGCAAUUAUACAGCGACACCAUGUCGCAACGAUCUGAUACGUAUGCAGCAAAUCGCAACGUUGGCAUCUUUAAGUCUCGUUUUAACAAGCAACGUCACGCAUUCUCAUGCUAAAAGAGAAAUAUCGGAGUCAACCUUGCCAUCCAUCAGACGGGAGACCUACUUCCUCAAUCCUUUACUGGAAUUUAAUUAUACUGAUUAUAACGAUUACUCGAGCGCAGAUUACGAUAAUUACCGGUUCGAAACUUCGAAUAGCGACGACACAUUUUCCACCAUGUCUUAUUAUGAGGAGCAAAGUACCAAAAGUGUAAACGAUAGCGAAGUACGCUAUGCUGCAAGCUCGAUUGAUAAUUUUGUAACCGAUUCGACGAGUACCGAAUAUUUUUAUACAGAUUCUAAUUUAUCCCAGGAUGAAACAACAACGACAAUCGAGUCAAACACGAUGCGUACAGUUUUAUCGAGCAUUAUUGAUUUCGAUGGCUUUUCCGAAAAAGCGACAACAACUUCAUCGUCUUUAGGCAACAAGACGUCAACUGUUAAGAUAUUUAACGUCACAACUGCAACAGUAGAUGCCACGAGAGUCACAACGUAUAUUCCAAAAAGCUCAUCAUCGAAUGAACCCAUUCAUCGUUACGUAAAUAGAUGUUACAUAGAAGUUUGCAACAUUACGUCAUCAGAAAAUUUAGUUACAUCUCUAAAACAGCUAGAUCCAAGAACACGCAAAAGGCUGCGUCGACUAUGCUGGGAAACCAUGUUCGGGCAAGAGCUUGCCAAGCUCACUGUUAUGGAUUUGAUACUCACCAUAAUGGCCACGCUCAGCAUGGACUUCUUCCGCGCCGUUUUCGUGCGCUUUAUGAAUAACUGCUGGUGCUGGGAUCUGGAGAAGCAAUUUCCGCAAUACGGCGACUUCAAGAUAGCCGAGAACAUUCUCCAUUUGGUGAACAAUCAAGGCAUGGUCUGGAUGGGAAUGUUCUUCAGUCCUGGUCUAACCGUCCUGAAUCUGUUCAAACUCGGUGUUUUGAUGUACUUACGUUCCUGGGCGGUUCUGACUUGCAACGUUCCUCACGAAGUGGUCUUCAGAGCUUCCAGGUCAAACAAUUUCUACUUCGCGCUGCUAUUAACUAUGCUGUUUUUGUGCGUGUUGCCGGUCGGUUACGCUAUAGUCUGGGUCGAACCUUCGUGGCAUUGCGGUCCAUUUUCCGGCUAUAAGAGGAUUUAUAAUUUAGCGACGCAGAGCUUGAUAAGCUCACUUCCACAGCCGAUUCAACGAUGCCUCGAUUACGUCGCGUCGCCGGGCAUAGUAAUACCAUUGAUUGUUCUGAUGACGUUGAUUAUUUAUUAUAUGGCAUCUCUCGCUGGAUCUCUGCGAGAAGCGAAUAAUGAUUUAAAGCUGCAGCUACGACAUGAGCGUAGAGAAGAACGUCGCAAAUUGUUCAAAAUUGCAGAGAAGAGACAGAACGUGGCCGAAACUCCGUUAUCGAGGUGGAAAAAGAUUCUUCCAGCAUUGCCGCAAGCCAGAAAGACUCAAAAUUCCGAAAUAACUCAGAAUAACUUAGAUGACGUAGAAAUCACGAUUGGAAACUUGAAGGAUACAAUGAAUAAUAAACAAUUGACGAAUGACACCGAAGAGGUGUCACGUCAUGAUCAAAUAUCGUCCGAUUAUAAUAAUGAGAAACGCACUAAAGUAAAAGAUGAUUUGAAAUUAAACGAUACGCCUCCUAAUAAAAGGCCAACAAGCUUCGUUGGAUGUUCUUGGGACUCACAAUCGAGCGGACAAAGUGUUAUUAUACCGGAAAUCCAAGUAAAUGAAGAUGAAGAAAAAGAUAUACAUAGUGACGUUUAUACAAAUGUGGAACUGACUAACGUGUCCGAAAACGGCGACCGAGAAAUAACGUAGUGAACUGAACGUAAUAAAUAAGAAAUUAUUUUAAAAAAUGU